UUUCCAUGCUUAUUGCUUUGGUUAAGCAGAGAAAACUAUAUAUAUAUAUAUAUUCUUUGGUUUGCUGGUUUUUGCAUGAUACAUAGAAAAAGACCAUAAGCAAAAAGCGGAAUCUUUCCAAAGGCAAAGUGGAUCGGCGACAGGGGAAGCAGCCAUUUCGAUAUUCCGGUUAUGAACCGGAAGCGAAAGAAGAAGAAGAAGAAGCAGCAGCUAAUAUUGAUCAUAUAUUUCCGGUGUAUUCGGCUAGGUCUCAACAAGAUAUGAAUGCUAUGGUUCAAGCCCUAGCUCAAGUUAUUGGAAACAAUAACAAUAACACACUUGUUCAACUUCAUGAUCCCAACCCCACUACUCAACAAAACGAAUCUCACCAUCAAGAAGCUGAAGCUGAAGCUCAAGAUCAAGGGAAUGGCAGGAGAAGACACUAUAGAGGAGUAAGGCAAAGGCCUUGGGGGAAAUGGGCGGCUGAGAUUCGUGACCCGAAAAAAGCAGCUCGGGUUUGGCUCGGAACGUUCGAAACAGCUGAAGCAGCGGCCUUGGCCUACGAUGAAGCAGCUCUUAGGUUUAAAGGAAGCAAAGCAAAGCUUAACUUCCCCGAAAGAGUUCAACUAAGAUCCGAAUCCGGUUAUUUCACUACUCCUCAAGAGAUCCAACCAACGGUGGCACCACCUCUUUCUCAACCAACAUAUCCCAAUAUUUCUCAGUACGCGCAACUCCUCGUUGGUGUCUCCGCCACUUCUUUCAACUAUUCUAUGCCAAGCGCUGCCUACGGAUCCUGGCCGGGUUUCACUUCUCAGUCUUCAUCUUCAUCUUCAUCUUCCACAACGUUAACAUUUCAACAACAAGAGUAUUUGGGUGGAUUUUCAUUGCAGUUGGGUGGUUCAUCGCCAACUUCGGAUCAUCCCAAGAACACGAGAGACUAUGAUUAUUACUAUUCAAGAGAAUAGUAAUGCAUCUUCUGAGUUUCGCUUUUGCAUGCAUUUCGUUUUCCUUAUAUUAAUGCUUGUUUGUUUAAAGCCCUUGUAUCAACUUUUUUUUUUCCUUCAAGUUUUUGCCAAUUCCACAAUCGUUGGUUUGAUCAUGAAAUUUUAUAUGUUUCUCUAAUAUUAUUCCAAGCUCCGUUGA